AUGCCUCCUGCGCCGUAUUGGGGGGACUUGUCUGGCCCCAAAGCGGCCAGACGCCAGCGUCGCCAAUCUGAAGACUUUAGUCUCCCGAAGCGCAUGUCACCUGAGCCGGUUCUCUCAAUCGCCGCGGCAGUAGACAAGCCGCUCCCUCCUCAUCCUCCAAAGUCGAAUCGCACCUCCCUGCAGACAACAAACACCGAGGCCUAUACCGAGUCUACUCUCAGCCCCUUCGCGUCGCCCACUGCCUCCAGCUUCGCGGACCAAGGCCUUGCCCCGCGUCCACCGACGUUCCCUUACGGCGAGUCUCAGUAUCCUGACGAGCAGGCCGAGAGGCGCCAGCGACGACGCAGAGAGCGCAACGGCAAAGAUAGGGACGAGGACCCUGAUAUAGACUCUCUCUCCGCCCCCACACCUCCAGCUGCCCCCAAUGUGCCCAAGGUACCGCCCGUGAGCUUCAGACAUCCAUACGGCAAUGGUGGUCUACCAUACACGCACCCUGCUCCGAGUCCAGCUCGAGAACCGCGACAGCCUAGUCCGUUGGUCGGCCCGGAAGACGAGAUGAACCCUGAAGAGUACUACAAGGAACCUGCCCCCGAAAGGCAACAGCAGGAAUACCCUCCCCUAGACCGCUCGCAGCAGACACUCGAUAUCGCUGCCGAGACGCGGGCCCCUGGCGAACCCCGCGGCCCUCAAAACUCGUCCAGGAGGAAAUCGAAUGGGGUCCCAGGCAGAGAUGCGCAGGGGAGGAAAGCGUCUGCGGGAGGCUCCGGCAGAAAGUUCGCCAACGACCGCUCUCCAUUACAGAGGCUUGAGCUGACGCUCGACAGCAUCACCAAAGAGGAGAAGCGAGCUCGUGUCGAGGCCGCAGAGCGCCGCGCCAGGGAGAAGGCUGCGGCGAAGGCUGCCCAGAACCCCGAUCUGCUUCAACCACCCGAAGCUACGCAACGUGCGCCGCGACAACAGCCCAAGCAAGAGCCUCAGCGACCACUACCUGAACCACCUCAGCAACCCCAGCAGCAUCAACAAGCCGCCCCACCGGUUUCGCAAGUACAGGUACACCAGGUCCCUGUGCAGCAGGUGCGCUUCCGCGACGAGAGGUCAGACAAUAAUCGACAUGAGCAGCAGCACGCCAGUGCCACUGCUUCACGUGGAGCGCCGGUGCAACACUACCCCGAAGACGAAGGAAGAUACGCGCCGCGCCAGUCGCUCGACGAUAGGCGACGGCAGCAGCAGUACAUGCCUGAGAGCCAUAUGCGGCAUGCAUCUGGCCCUUACCCGUCAAGAGGUCCCGAGAUGCCGGCGGCGGACGUGAGACAUCCUCUGCUCUCCUCUGGCGUUCCACAGCGCAGUGUGAGCCUUCGCGAGCCGCCUAGCGAAGCUGCUGUGGCAAUUUCGGGGAUUCCCAGGCGUAAUCUGAGCUUCCGCGAGCGGGCCGCGAAGGACAACAUGAAAUUACCGCAAGCUACCGAUCCUCAAAGCGCAGAGGACAGUCCACAGCCUACGCCGCCGGUAGCUAGCUCUAGGAGACCCAGUUUCUCUCUGACAAGGAGCGGGAGCAACAAGCUGAAAAAGCAGCCCAAAGGCGACCCUUGGUACAGUAUUCGGAAGGAUGCAGAGAAGAAGUACGACAACAUUGAGUUUCGCAACGCCGCCUUGGACCAAUCUGCGGCAGAGAAAGGCGGUCCUCCCAUGCAGAGAUCCGUGUCGCACGAACAGGCAUUGCCCCCGGACGCAUUACACGAAGAAGUCAGGCAGGCCAGGAUGCCCGGCAAGGCUGCGAAGCUAAUUGGCAAUGACUUUGGGGGGGUUCAACGACGCUCGACUGCCCCGGCAGCCCGACACUUGGACUCAGACUCUGACGGUGAAGACCCUCGAUACGAGGACCCUCAACAUGCACCUGUGGCCUCGGGUGGGCGUGGCGAUGGAUACCCUCAUGCAAAUCACGGGCAUGCCGCGGCGCGGGGCAGACCAACCGACAGGGAGUACUACUCCGAGGAUGACGGAUUUAGCGACGAUUCUCGGGAUCUCUAUCCCGCAAAGAAGACUUUCCGUCCUGGUGAAGGCAUCUAUAAACCGCCUGUAUACCUUGAUGAGUGGAAGAAGGCAACGGUCGGGAGCCUCUGCGGGAACAUGCUUGACCUCAGCGACGAGCGGCUCGCCUCCAUUGAUAAGGACACUCCUUGGUGGGAGGGCGGUAGGGAGGGCGGUCAGCGCAGAGAAAGCACCUCGCGGCCACGCAAGGCAGAAGCUUUUGACGGCGAGUACGACGACACACAUGCACCUACACGGUUUAAGCCGCCGUUGUUCCUCAAGUGUGGUCCGUUGUUGAGAUACUGCGGACUCAAGCACGAGAAGGUUCCCGCCCGCAACAGGAACAUUGCCGUCAAUGAGAAGACGCUAUGGAGAGGCUCGGUGAUGAUUGUCACGCAGGACAGUGAUUCUUCGUAUGAAAUUGCGCCGACACUGAGGCUUUUCGUGCAGCCCAUCGAGCUCCUCCCGCCCCCGCCCCAGGAAAUCUCUGGAGAGCAGGGCUUGCCACCGGAAUACGUGGAUCCGAUUGCGGGCAUCCCAAAGCUGGGCAGACGAGGAGAAACACUCUACGUCCGCCCUGUGGAGCAUCUCGAUGAGGCCAAGGACUUAUCCAGAGACGAAACAGACAAUGGCCUCUUUGAGAAGACGAGAAGUCCGCCGGAUUACACCCCGUCAAACGGCUCUCCGGACUUACCCGGGUCUUUCGCAAGCCGUAGAAAGCGUGUGGAGAUUGACGGAGAAAAGGUUUCCAAGUACAAGGACGUUCGCGGUUUCCGACUGCAUGCGGAGCGCGGAUAUACGUUCUGGCGCUUUAACAUCGAGAUCGAGCUACGUGAAAAGCAGCAACGCAUCGCAUACAGGAUCAAUAGGGGACCUGCUAUGGGCUUCUGGGUUCCCGCCAUGGGACAGUCCAUGAACAUCAUGUUCCACAGCUGCAACGGCUUCAGCGCUAGUGUUAACCCCGACGACUUUAGCGGACCAGACCCUAUGUGGCGCGACGUUCUCAACACGCACCAGUCACAGCCUUUCCACGUCAUGAUUGGCGGAGGCGAUCAGAUUUACAACGAUUGCCUGAUGGACCAGAGCAAGCAGUUCCGUGAAUGGCUGAUGAUCAAGAAUCCUCUGCACAAGCACAAUUCGCCCUUCACCCUGACAAUGCAGGAUGAGCUUGAGCGGGCUUACCUGGAGCGCUACUGUAUGUGGUUCUCGCAAGGUCUGUUUGGCCUGGCCAACGCGCAGAUUCCCAUGGUCAACAUGUGGGAUGAUCAUGAUAUCUCUGACGGCUUUGGCUCCUACGCACAUCACGACAUGAACUCUCCAGUCUUCUCUGGCCUCGGCAACGUUGCCUACAAGUAUUACAUGCUUUUCCAGCACCAAAGCAUUCCAAGUGAGACGGACGCCACUGAGCCUAGCUGGGUGCUUGGCAGCAAGCCUGGUCCGUACAUCAGCGAAUUGAGCCGUAGCUUGUUCGUGGAGUUAGGAUCAAACAUUUCUCUACUCGCUGUUGAUGGCAGAACAGAGCGGACCGAGCUUGAUGUGGUCAGUGAGCCCUCGUGGCAGAAGAUCAUGGACCGCUGCUAUGAAGAGCUACGGACUGGUAGAACCAAGCAUCUUCUUGUUUUGCUCGGUGUUCCGAUUGCCUACCCCAGAUUGGUAUGGUUGGAAAACAUUCUCACUUCGAGAGCCAUGGAUCCUGUCAAGGCACUUGGCAAGUUGGGCAUGCUCGGCAAAACUCUGAACCACAUUGAUGGUGGCGUCGAAGUUCUCGACGACCUUAAUGACCACUGGACCGCCAAGAAUCAUAAAAAGGAGCGGACAGUCGUGAUCCAAGACAUGCAAGAUCUAGCAGCUGACAAGUCCGUGAGAGUCACUUUUCUCAGUGGUGACGUGCAUCUCGCUGCUGUGGGCCAGUUCUACGCCAACCCCAAGCUCGGCCUGCCCAAGCACAAGGACUUCCGAUACAUGCCCAAUGUUGUCUCGUCGGCCAUCGUCAACACACCGCCUCCCGACCUGAUGGCGGAUAUUUUGAACAAGCGUAACAAGAUUCAUCAUUUUGACGAGUCGACUGACGAAGAUAUGAUUCCGCUCUUCCACCAUGGAGUUGAUGGUAAAGCGAGAAACAACAAGCACCUGCUGCCGCAUCGCAACUGGUGUUCCAUCCGGGAAUGGACUCCGGGCACGACGCCGCCUCCCACACCGCCUUUGUCGGCUUAUGAUAGGAGCCCGAGCCCGCCGGCAAGCCGUGGAGGUCUCUUGAGACGUUUCUCUUCAAAUCGUGGUCCUGCAUACCGGCCCGAUGUUCAGCGCGAUGAGUCUCGGUCGCGUCCUCCAAUUUCUAACAACAAAGGCAAGGCUGGCGGCCUCUUCCGAAGCCUCUCACGCCGCAACUCGACUGACGGAGGCCGGCCACCUACUGCUGACAAGCCCAAGCGUUCCAUGUCGUUGACGCGCAACUUCUUCAGUCUUGGUCGACGAAACAGCAAAAAGUCGCAACCCGAUGACGGUGGCAUCAACGGUCAGUGGGGAGAGGAAGAUAGCGUCGACGGCAGUGUCGAUGAUGGGUACUAUGGAUACGAUGAUGAGUACGACCGCCGGCACGCGCCCAGGUCUAGGGGUAUGGGUCUUCGAGGAGGAGGAGGAGGAAGACAUGACGAGUACCAAUCCGGUGACGACUCCUACUUCACGGCUCGUCCCGCCGCGCGGAUAAGGGGCGCGCCUAUCAGGGGCGGUCCUGGGUCGGAAGACGAGUUCUCCCCCGGCGACGAAUCCCAGUUCACUGCUCAUCCGCCACCUCGCGCUUACACUAUGGGUGACGAACGCCAGGUUCCUCGGUCCCAAGAGAUGCUACCACGACCGAAGGCAUUCCACCGUACCCCUACAGGUCUGUCAGUCAAGCAGAAGAAGAAGGCAGACGAAUAUGAAGUCGACCUCGAGGGCGGCUUGGAUAUUUGCCUCAAUGUGGAGGUAAAUCAGAAAGAUCCUACUGGCAUUACAGUGCCUUACCGACUGCUUGUGCCACGCCUCAUCUGGGACGACGCCAACGAGGCCGCCACCGUGCAGCCGCCUGCCCCAUCUGGCUUCAAGCGAAUGUUCAGCUUGAAGAAGAAGGAUGUUGGUGCCGUGCAGCCUCAGAGGCCAGCAGCGUCGGAGGAGCAAUUCGAGGGAUCUGUGACACAAGGGUCCGUCAAGCAGGGUUCACUCAAGCAGGGUUCCGUCAGGCAGCCAUCAGUAGCGCCUUCCGCCGGACGGGAGCCUGUCUACGAUGCGCCGCCCAAGAACGCGAGGUACCAGUCUCCCGGAGGUUAUGAUUCGGCUCGCACGCGCGGGUCUUCGGGAAGAUUCGACUCGCCGGCAAGCUAUGAGCAGGGGGUGCGGCAGGUGAGGUGA